CGAUUUAAUAUUAGUGACGAAAAAAAAAAAAAGUUGGAGGAAUGGGCGGAGUUUGCGCCUGUUGGAAUAUGAGGUGCAAGACGUUGCGUUGUUUCACGAAUGCUUACAUUUUCGAUCUAAGGAUUAGUGUUUCGAUAAGCUAGUUUUGAGAUAUUUACAUGAAACUUUGUGAAAAUUUGAAGUUCACGGAUACAGGUUAAGAGAAUGGGAUUACGAAAAGCGGCGAAAUCGCAUCAUAAAUAAAGUGGAUGCGCACGCGGACAAUAACAUGCGAGAGCGAGUGAGGAAAAGUCUGUAAACGAAGAAAGAAGGAAAUGAAUCAGCCGUUCUGAUUGGUCGAGGUGGCUAUUAUGGCCGCCGAUUGGCGCACGCACGUACGCACACCAAGCUUGGAUGCACACACGAACGCACGAACACGCGUGUGUAUCAGGAGCGUAGCAGUCGCUCGUGGCCGAGAAGAGUGAAAAGAGCGACAGAAACGGUCGGUCCGCGCGUUGCCUUGUAAGGCGGAGAGUUGGUGUGUGACGUCCGUGCGCGGAUGGCUCGAAGAACGCCGAUUUUCCUCAGCUUGUACAAGUAUCCUUGCUGAGCAGAGGAAAGAACGAGUGAAAGGGGAGUGCGGGCCGGGUGCGACGCCGACCGUCGACAUAACCGCGUAUACGUAAAAUCCGACAAUCCGUCAAGUUUAAAGCUGCCGAAGGCACCAUUUUCAUCGUCUCUAUAGUGUAUACAGCAAACUGGAAACCGAUUAUUAGACGCAACGUGAGUGUUCUUAAACGAGCAAAGGAAAUACAUAAGAGUGAGACAAGGAACGAACGAAAGAGGGGCAAACAGAAGUAAAAAGGAUAACGAAGGGCAACGAGAAAGAUAGAGAUAGCAAGAAAAGAGAAAAAGGAAAAGCGAAAGAGUGAGUAAGCGAACGAACAAGCGAGAGAGCGAGCGAGGGAGAGAGAGGGAGCGAGAGAAAGAGAGAGAACGAGCGAGAGAGCGAGAGAGCGAGAGAGCGAGCGAGAUCGGGAAAGAGGAGCAAGAGCAAGUUAAAACGCCAAACGAUACGUAAGAGACAAAGGCCACGGCGGCAUAACCUCCAAGCCGACCGUACGGCGCAUUACGGAGGUCUCCUAUACUCACAGAUCCCUUCGUAUUCUCAAGGAAUUUGGUACAUUAUUCAUGAAAAAUUAUAUUUUUGCAAGUGCAUGCCUGCCUGGGCUUCCAUAUGAAGUGUCGCACGAGUGAGAGAGAAAGAGAGAAAGAGAGAGAGAGAUAGAACACGUGCGUGAAACAUAUUUUCCUCGAGAUACAGAAGUCGUCAUAAAGUGAAAGAGCGGGACGGUUGUUUGUACAGUCGUGUUUUUUCGCGACACCUGGUAUACGAUAUACAUCCGCGAGUGUUGUGUGAACAAAUUCACUCUUGCGACGGAAACAAAAAAAGCGGAGAAGGAAAGGCGGCGAAUAAUAUUCUUAGUGCUGUAGUCCACGGUUGAUGGAUGAAACUGGCAGGAUGCUGCAACACGGAGGAUCAGGUGUUGGUUUGAUGGGAGGUAAUCAGGGCCAGGGGGCCCAAAAUACCGCCGGAUACGGUAGCAUGGGACCCGUAGAUGGAUCUGCGACACAAGGUCCCGAUCAGGCGGUUGAAGCCAGAAAACAGGACAUCAGUGAAAUUCUUCAACAAAUUAUGAACAUCACUGAUCAGAGCUUGGACGAGGCGCAAGCGAGAAAGCAUACAUUAAACUGUCACAGAAUGAAGCCAGCCUUAUUUUCGGUCCUGUGCGAGAUCAAGGAGAAAACAGUGCUAUCGUUAAGGAAUACCCAGGAAGAGGAACCACCCGAUCCGCAGCUAAUGAGGUUGGACAACAUGUUGAUCGCGGAGGGUGUUGCCGGACCGGAGAAGGGUGGCGGAGCGGGCGCUGCAGCCUCUGCCGCGGCGGCAGCGGCGGCUGGACCACCUGGACAACCUGACAACGCCAUCGAACACUCGGACUACAGAGCCAAGCUUGCCCAAAUUAGACAGAUUUACCACCAGGAGCUGGAGAAAUACGAACAGGCGUGCAACGAGUUCACCACCCACGUGAUGAAUUUACUGAGGGAACAAAGUCGUACCAGGCCAAUCACGCCGAAGGAGAUCGAGAGGAUGGUGCAGAUUAUUCACAAGAAGUUCUCCAGCAUCCAGAUGCAGCUUAAACAGUCCACCUGCGAGGCCGUGAUGAUUCUGAGGAGUCGAUUCCUCGACGCGAGGCGUAAGCGACGGAACUUCAGCAAACAAGCCUCGGAAAUUCUGAACGAAUACUUUUAUUCGCACCUCAGUAAUCCGUAUCCGAGCGAGGAGGCCAAGGAAGAACUCGCACGAAAAUGUGGAAUCACCGUGAGUCAGGUUUCCAAUUGGUUCGGCAACAAGAGGAUACGCUACAAGAAAAACAUAGGUAAAGCACAGGAGGAGGCGAACUUGUACGCAGCCAAAAAGGCAGCUGCAGCUUUUGCAGGAGCGUCGCCGUACAGUAUGGGUGGUGCCAGCCAAGGCACCCCGACGCCGAUGAUGUCGCCGGCGCCACCCGGUGGGCCGCAAGACAUGGCCGGAUACGGGAUGGGCAUAAACGGUAGCGACUACGGUUCGCAACCGUACAACGACGGCUCCAUGGGCUACGACCCUAUGCACCAGAUGAAACGAAAUUCAUAGAAGGCGACAGAGAGUGAGAGAGACAUCGAAUCAGACUUGAGGCAAAGAGACGGAAUUAGAGAGCGGGAAAAGUAAAGCGAGAGAAAGGAGGAGAGGGAGUAAGUAAGGAAAGAGGAGAGGAAAGGAAAAGAGGAUCACGAGACCUGGCUAAAUAAGACGAAAGACGAAAGCUCCACACGGCCGGUGCGUGUCCACUGAUCUCAGCCUUUUUGUGCUUUCUGUUGUGUUCACAGUGACGCGCCACGCCGACCAAAAGUCCAAUCGCAAUCGCGUAGAUUCGUCUCCGAGCUCGACGCGACCGUGUCAGUCCUCGCGUUUUCCCACUCGCGCCAGAGUGUGGAGGAAUGCGCGAAGCGUGGUGUGUUCGUGAGAGAUUAGAAAUCGACGAGCCGUUCAGGAUGUCAUCCUUCGUUGCAACAAGCACAGGUCUCUUUGCCUUGAUUCCGAGCAAGGAGAUUCGCGUCGAAUCGAGACAUCGACUCGUCGAUAGUGCAAUAAAGUAAAAUAAAAUAUACUCGUACGUAUUAUAUAGAUACAUUUUACACGCGUUCUCUUCGGUGAUAUACGCCUGGCACUUGAUUUCCAGCCUUUCUCGCGCAUCGUGUCGCUUUUAUCGCCAGGCUCGAAGCCGGGACAUGUCCCGGUUGGCUGAUCGAGAACCGGCUGUAAAAUUAGUAUUUCUUUCGAAUUUUUAUCGAACCGUUCGUCGUCCCGUUCUCUGCACCUGGCACCAGCUCGGGAUGUUCUCGUCUUCGAGCUCGCCUCUGAAAUUAGCCAUUGCCGAAUGUGCAAUAAAUCUUCUAUCAGCAGGCCUUCCUUGGCCGAGAGAAUCGCGGGGUAGCUCGUUUAAAAUAGCUAGGUAAGAGAGAAUCGGUGGCAGCGAGUAGCGAAUUAAUCCGACUCGAGGAUAUCGGUGGAACACGCUCGAUCGAGAUCUAGCAACGGGAGUGGACAUUUUUAUUUCAUCGACGCGGGUACCGUGUUUAACCGAUGCCACUGCGAUGCUGGUCGCGAAGGGAUUAACGAAGCGGUGCUCGAAACUAGGCAGCUUAUGAUAUCCCAGAGAUACGGCAAGCGCACUGCAAACGUAUCGCGUAACGCGUAUCGUGACGUCGUUUUCCGGAAAAUCGCGAGAUCGUUCGACUCGAUCGUUUCCUCGAUCGCUUGACAGUUUUUCGCGCGCUCCACCACACACGCGCCUCUUCGUCGUGCAUAACGACACGCGAUCAGGCAAACUUACGAUCCCUAUUCGUGCUACUACGGCUAUCUAUAGUCUAUCUGUGCUAUGCGCAAGAUACAUCCUCGAGGAACGCACCAUGCGGUUUUCUUGUCGCUCUCGUAUGGCUUUUGAUACUUAAUCUUGGAGUAUUUUCCUACAGAGUUUCGCAGCGCACUGCAACACGUCCAUACAUACGUAUAUAUACGUACACACACACACACA